UUUAACCAAACCAAAGAGAAACAAACUCUGUCUCUCUUGAAGCUCCCUUUCAGUCACUUCCUUCCCUUCAAUCCUUCUUUUUUCCCUUCUCAGAGUUUCGAUCCUCUGCUCCCGCUUCUACGAUCUUCCUUCCUAGUUUCACCGCUUUGGAUUCGAUCGGAUCAACUUUGUUUACUUCGUAAUUCAGCUUCUCCUGGUUUCUUUGAUUCUUUUUUCUCCUUCUCUGCAGUUGCACAGGGUAGCUACAAUUUUGCUUUUGGAGCUUAGCCAAUUCUUAAGAGAAGAGUAGAAGGGAAACGGAAACCGUAUCUCAGGGCUCAAAAUAUCAAGGAAUUGUGUUAAAAUUUUCCACUUCUGACUUCCAGGAACCAACGUGGGGAACAUACUAUCUUGAUGUGGUCCUGCUAAGAAGUUGAAAAUCUAUAAGAAAAGAUGGUGAAACAUCGCCUUAGAGAGUCUAUCAAAUCUUUGUUUGGAAGUCAUAUUGACUCUAAUAAAGAAGAGCAGCUCCACGUAGCUAAAGCAGAUAUUGAAGACAAAGUGAAAGAAAUAUUGAAACUUAUUAAAAAUGACAACCUUGAAGAGGAUGGUACCCCAGUGCAACUUUCAAAGAGAGAACCACUUAUUGAACUGAUUGAAGAUUUCCACAAUCAAUACCAAUCACUGCAUGCGCAAUAUGAUAAUCUAACAGGUGAGUUAAGGAAAAGGAUCAAGGGCAAGCGAGAAAAUGGGAGUUCUUCAUCCAGCUCGGACUCAGAUUCAGGUUCAGAUUAUUCUUCAAAGGAAAAAGGCAACAAAAACGGACAACUGGAAAAUGAAUUUCAAAAGACAAUCGGUGGCUUAAAGCAAGAGCUUGAAGUGGUGCAUGCAGAAGUGGCUGAAUUAAAUCGGAAGUUGACAAUUUCACAUGAAGAGAAGGAGGAUCUUAAUUCCAAAUAUCUUGCAGCACUGAGCAAGAUACAAGAAGCAGAUACAGUUAACAUGGAUUUGAAAAGUGAUGCUGAAGCAUUAGGCACUCAAAGAUCUAAACUUUUGGCUGAGAAUGCUGAACUAAGUAAACAAGUGGAUAUUGCUGGCAAAAAAGAAGCUGAACUGAGUCAAAGAUUGGAAGAGUUGAAGAUAGAAAAAGAUAGUUUGACCAUGGAGAAGGAGACAACUCUCCAACAGAUUGAGGAGGAAAAGAAGAUUACUGAUGGUCUCAGAACCCUUGUUGGUCAACUGAAAGAUGAGAAAUUAGCUCUUGGCAAAGAGUUAGAGGCAGUUACAAGUGAACUUUCCAUUCUGAAACCGCAGUUGGAAGACGGAGAACAGAAAAUGACAGGUAUAAGCCACAAUCUGAAAGUUGCUGAGGAAGAAAACAAAUCUUUAAAAGAGCAACUUUCACAGGCUUCAAAUGAGGUUCAGCUGGCUCAGAGUAGAAUACAAGAAUUUGUAGCUGAAUCAAGUCAGUUAAAAGAGAAACUUGAUGUGAGUGGAAGGGAAAUUAAUGCCUUUACUCAGAUGCAUGAAGGUUUUCAGAAAGAAUCCUCAAAUCGUGUCGGGGAACUUGAGGCACAGGUCACCAACCUGGAGUUGGAGUUAGAAUCACUUAAAAACCAGAAAAGAGAUAUAGAAGUACAAAUGAAGAGCAGCACCACUGAAGCAAGGGAACUAGGAGAGCACAAUUCAGGCCUACAAAACCAAAUAUCACAACUCGAAUUGAAGUCCAGAGAAAAAGAAGAGGAGCUAUCUGCUAUGGUGAAGAAACUUGAAGAUAAUGAGAAUGAAUCAUCUUUGAAAAUUUCAGAUUUAACAUCUCAGAUAAACAAGCUGCUAACUGAUGUUGGGACACUACAUACUCAAAAAAUUGAACUCGAAGAGCAGAUAAUUUUUAAAAGUAACGAAGCUUCCACUCAAGUGGAAAACAUUACACAUGAGGUGAAUGCAUUGCAGCAAGAAGUGACGUCCCUCCAGCACCAGAAAUCUGACUUGGAAGCUCAGUUAGUAGAAAAAGUCCACGAAAAUUCCAAGAAUAUGAAUGAAAUGCAAACUCUGAAAGAGGAAAUUGACCGAAAAAUCCUUGAACACGAGAGACUUCUGGAAGACAGAGAAAAUUUAGCCAUGCAGCUAAGGACAUUGGAAUCAGAGAUGAACACCAUUCAGAACAAAAACAGUGAAGCUGAAGAGCAAAUAAGGGCUAAAAACCAUGAGAUCAGUCACAUGAAUCAGGGCAUGUUGGAGCUACAUGAAAAAAUAGCAGAAAUAGAGAAGAUAUCAACAGAUAGAGAAUCAGAUUUGUUGACUCUCCAGGAUAAGUUUAUUAGCGCAGAGCAAGCAGUUUCAGCUCAGAUAAUGGCCUCCAGCGAACAAAUUAAGAAUCUUGAACAUGAUUUGGCAUCACUGCAGAAAGAGAAACACGAAUUAGAACAGCAGUGUGAAAAGCUGAAGUUGGAGGUAGAUUCUAUACAGAACCAAAAGGGUGAAGUUGAAGAACAAAUGAGAACUAAAGACCAUGAGAACUCUGGACUGCGAGAAGAAAUUUUGGGAUUGCAGGGAACAGUAGCUGUGCUGGAGAAGACAUUAGCUGGGAAAGAGGCAGAGCUAUCCAGUUUACAGGAAAAGCUUCAUGAAAAAGAGAGCGAGGCUGCAGGUCAAAUAACUGGCUUCAUAGCCCAGAUUGAUAAUUUAAAACAUGAUGUGGUGUCCCUGCAGAAUGAGAAACAGGAAGUAGAACAGCAGUGUGUAAAUCUGAAGAUGGAGCUGGAUUCCGCACAAAACCAGAAAGUUGAAGUUGACGAGCAGUUGAGAACUAAAGACCAAGAGAACACGGAACUGAGAGAGGAAAAAAUUGGAUUGCAGGGUACAAUUACUGCACUGCAGAAAACAUUAGCCGAUAAAGAGUCAGAACUAUCCAAUUUACAGGAAAAGCUUCAUGAAAAAGAGAGCGAGGCUUCCGGUCAAGUAACUGCCUUCACAGUCCAGAUUGAAAAUCUGAAACAUGAUUUGGUGUCCUUGCAGAAUGAGAAACAGGAAGUAGAACAGCAGUGUGAAAAGCUGAAGGUGGAGCUGGAUUCCUCUCAAAACCAGAAGGGUGAAGUUGAAGAGCAGAUAAGAGCUAAAGAACAUGUGAACACCGAACUGAAAGAUGAAAUUUCGGGAUUGCAGGGAACAAUUACUGCACUGGAUAAAAGAUUAGCUGAGAAAGAGUCAGAGUUAUCCACUUUACAGAAAAUAAAAGAAGAAUUGGAGCUCCAGCAUGAAAAAAUUAGUCAAGAACAUGCAGAAAGCCUUGUAAUGGUAGAGAAUGAAAAGAAUGACAUAUCAAGCAGGUCUAUGGAUCUUAAGAGAACACUAGAAGAGCGAGAAGAUUCAUAUCAGAGGUUAAAUGAAGAAUAUAAACAAAUUGAUGGUUUGUUUCAGGAAUGCAUGGUCAAGCUUGAAGUUGCAGAGAAGAAAACUGAAGAAAUGGCAGCAGAGUUUCAUGAACGAAUUGAGUUGAAAGAUCAGAAGGAAGCUGAUUUGGAACAUACAGUAGAAGACCUAAAAAGAGACCUAGAAGAAAAAGGAGAUGAAAUCAGUACUUUGCUUGAGAGUGUUCGGAUCCUUGAGGUUAAGCUUCGUCUGUCAAACCAGAAGCUUCGGGUCACAGAACAAUUGUUGAGUGAGAAAGAAGAAAGCUUUAGGAAGACGGAGGAAAAGUUUCAGCAAGAUCAGACAGCGCUUGAAGACAGAAUUGCUAUUUUAUCAGCACUAAUAACUGCCAACAAUGAAGCUUUCGAUGGAAUUGUUUCUAAUGUCAGAGAGUGUGUGAACAGUGUCAUGACUGGCAUAGAAUUUGUAAGCUGUCGAGUUUCUGAUGACUGCAAAAGUUACGAGGAGUGUGUCUCCAACAUUUCACGCGAGCUUGAGAUUGCAAGGGGGCAUGUGAGGGAUAUGAAUAAGGAAAAAGAGCAGCUAAAGAGAGACAAAAGCCAGUUGUUGGAGCAACUGCAAGUUAAAAAUGAAGAGGAAGUGGCUUUGAGGAAGACAGUUGAGAAGUUAGAGGCAAAGAGUAGAUAGGAAGAAUCAGAGAAGAUGAAUCUGACAACAACUGUAGAACAACUAAAGAAGACAGUUAGAGAGCUGGAGAAAAUGAUGAAAGAGAAAGAGGACGGUAUGUUGGACUUGGGAGAGGAGAAGAGGGAAGUUAUCAGGCAGCUG